AUGUUACAUCCUGUUAUUAAAACAUCUCUGAGAUGUAAAAAUGUCCAAUACGAUCUGGCCUUCAUCUUGGACACGUCCUCCAGUGUGGGGAAGGAGAACUUUGAGAAGAUCCGCCAGUGGGUGUCCAACCUGGUGGAGUCCUUUGACGUAGCUCCCGGAAAGACCCGCGUGGCGGUGGUGCGCUACAGUGACCGCCCCACCAUAGAGUUCAAGCUGGACCGGUACCGCACCAUGGACGAGGUCAAGCGGGCCGCUCGGAACAUCGUCUACCGGGGAGGAAACACCAUGACCGGGGAGGCCAUCAGCUACACCACCAAAAACAUCUUCACGGAGAGCGCGGGGGCCCGGCCUUUGUCCAGGGACACCAAGAGGGUGGCCAUCUUGCUUACGGACGGCCGGAGUCAGGAUUACGUGCUGGAGCCGUCCAGAGAGGCCAGUAAGGCCGGUAUCAGAAUGUUCGCCGUUGGCAUCGGAGAGGCGCUCAAGGUGGAGCUGGAGGAGAUCGCCGCCGAGCCCAAGAACGCACACUUGUUCCAGGUGGCGGACUUUAACGCCAUCGACACGAUCAGGGGCCGACUGAGGAAGAGCCUCUGUGAAAAUGUUCUGUGCCCAAACAUGAAGGUUAGGCCAGACCGGUUCAAACCCAACACCACCAGUGCAGGCCUGGAGGAGGUCCCAGGAUUUGACCUGAUGGAGUACUUUAAUGUGAAUGACAUUUUGGGCACUAGAGAUGAGCCAGGGCAAAGUUCUUAUGUGCGACUGGGAACCAUGCCUAUAGUCCAGCAGACUGAGGAUGUGUUUGGCCAGGGCUUGCCAGAUGAAUAUGCCUUUGUGACGACAUUUAAAUUCAGGAAAACCUCCAGAAGGGAAGACUGGUACCUUUGGCAAAUCUAUGACAAAUAUGGGAUUCCACAGGUCUCCAUUCGCCUGGAUGGAGAGAACAAAGCAGUGGAGUACAAUGCGGUUGGUGUGACCAAAGACGCGGUCAGAGCGGUCUUUAAGAAUGACGAGGUGGACAACCUGUUUGACCGCAACUGGCACAAGAUCGGCCUGAGCGUCCAGUCCAAAUCUGUCUCCCUGUACCUGGACUGUAAACUCAUCAAGACGCUCCCCAUCGAGGAGCGGGAGGACAUUGACAUCCAGGGGAAGACCGUCAUUGGAAAGAGACUGUAUGACAGCGUGCCAAUUGACUUUGACCUCCAGAGAAUGGUGAUCUACUGUGACUCCAAACAAGCCGAGCUGGAAGCCUGCUGUGAUAUCCCUGGUGGCCCGUGUCCUAAGCAGGUGGUGACGGAGGCACCCCCUAUCGCUCUCCCCACUCCCACUCCCACGGUAGUAGAGCAGAAAAGUGGGAAAGAGACAGUCAACUGCUCUUGCCCUGCAGGGCAGAAGGGAGACAUAGGCCCAGCCGGUAUCGAGGGCGCCAAGGGUGAAAAGGUCAUUUAA